AUGAGCCCAAGCGAAGAUGAUUGUUCAAUUCCAAGCAGCAGUGCACGGCCUCCUUCAUUACGUAUAUUUAUUUCUUCAGUAACGGGCCAAAAGUGGGUUGAAACAAUCUCAGAGGCUGAAACUGUUCAAACUUUGAAGAGCAAGAUAUGGAGACGGUGUGGAUUACUGCCUUAUCAUCAAGGUUUGAUUUUCGGUAAUAAUUCAUUGCCUGAUGGGAAUGAUAGAAUUCUACUCAAGGAUUUGGGAAUUCGUGCAGAUUCACUGGUUCGUCUUGUCUUAGUAACACGUUCCGGUCCUAUGGCUAUUCAGCACACAAAUGAGCCUAGUAGUCAGAUAGAAAUUGGAGUGAGUGAUGAAAGGUGUUCAUCUGAAUGUUGGGAUGGUGGACAAGAUUCCAGUGAAGAUUUUUUGGAAGAAAACAGACGCACUCUAUUCAAAAUGUGCGAACUUCGUCGCCAAAUGCGUACUCAUUCUUCGGCGAGGCCAUCUUCAGAGCAUUUUCUCCUGAAGACACCAGUGCCAAAGAAAGCUCUGCCGGUGAUACAGAAUGCGAUGAGGAGAAAUUUCCAACUGGAACACCAGAAAAGGCAUGAAUGCUUUACCUGUCGAGUAGUUUUUUGGAAUCCAAUAUAUGUGAGUUAUUUUUCAGCUGAACUGUGUGAAGAAGAACAGUAUACUGCACGUGAUACAGCUUUAUCAGCUAGAGAUCGUUUACUUGUCAUGAUGCAUUCUCGAGCGGAAUCUCCUUCCACUGAUGUUAAUGCUCCUUCUGAAGAUGGCUCUGAAUUUUCAUCCGGGAUGGUCGUGUGCGACCUUACCAAUGAGUUUCGUAGGCUACGUGUACGACGCAGACACCACGUAGCAAAUAGUAGUAAUGGAACUCAAAAAACACAUGUGAAAGCGAAGCCAAAGCCGCCGUCUCUCGUCAUUUCGAACCAUCACAAUGGCUCCGAUAUUACGUCAAGCGACGAUGAAAUGCCCUCACUUCGUCGAACGUUAGAUAACGCCUGCUCGAAUACGCGGCGGACAGAAACAAACCCAUCUCAUCUUGCUUUCCGCCGUCUUCCUUCUACGUCAAGAGGGCAGAGAAUGGCAAGCGGAUUUCAAUCGCAACACCGCUGUUAUACAUGUUCUUCGCGCUUCAACAACUAUUCAAUCGCCUUCCACUGUAGAUGCGGUAAACGACUAUGUUCUCGACACCGUCCAGCAGAAAUGCACACCUGUUCUCGACUGCGGAAAAUGCAAGACGUCAGUGAUUAA